UGUUUUAUCUCUAUUGAGCAAUUGAGAUGCAUCCUUUUACGAAUUUUACUUUUUUAGUACCGUCGGAUAUCUAAGUGAAAUUGAUCCAAAAAAUGAUUGCAAUAUUUAAAACGUUAUUUUUCUCUAUAGUAUGUCAUUAUUCAUUUGUUUGCAGCUUAUUUGAGUGGUCUGGUUUUCCUAUUUUUUUACAUAAUGUAUGUACUUUUCUUCGAAAUAUAAAAAAAUAUACAGAGUGUUUAAUAAAUCAACUAUAAUUUCAUUAAUUGCCGAUUAGUAUACGAUAAACAUUUCUUAGAUGUUUUUCAUAAUUUAGAAACUAUGGAUGGCAAAACAGUCGAGCUAAAAAUUGAUGAAAUUGAUUUACUGAAGACUGAGAUUAGUCCAACUAAUGAUCUAGCUAUGAAAAAAGAAUUAGCAAUAGCUAAGUAUAAAAUGAAAAUGCAAAGUGUUCAAUGUACCUACGGUGUGCUAAUUCGUUCAGAAUUAAUAUUUCUACAAAAUGUACUAUUUAAAUUGCAACACGAAUCUCACAUAAAAAAUUUUAUUCAACCAUAUAAAAAACGUGUUGUUGAAAUGUUUUUGGUUUUGUAUGCGAGUAAAACAGUUCCCCAUUCAUGGCUAUGGACUUAUUAUACUAAAUUGGCUGCCUUGGACGAGUGCAACGAUAAUAUAAAUGCCACACUUGAUGUUUUGUUUAAUGAUCAGAAUCUAAAUGUUGAGUUAAUGAAUUUUAUUACAGAAUGUUCAGGUAAUAAUUAUUUACUAAGUGAAGAGGAAAAAGAAGUUGACAUAUAUCGGGAGUUAUCGUUGCUCUCUAAAUCAAAACCUCAACUCGUUAUUAUUCCUUUGACAAAAAGUGAAGGUUUUAGUUCUUGGAAUGAAUUUCAACACUAUUUUAAUGUAAAAAAUAUGUUUCUAGUUGAUUUUAAACCAGAAUGUAUAAUAUUUGAAGAUUUAAAUGGCAUUCAAAUUAAUUGGACAGUAGAAAAGCAAAAGCUAGUUUCAUUAAAAAAUAGUUGUAUUGAAAAUUUCAAUUCUCGCGUAUGGAUAAAUAACCCUUUUAUUUGCAACGAUUAUCACAAUUUUGUAUUGUAUAUUGUUCAAGGUAGAUUACUUUUAUAUUCUUGGAUACACUUACACAAUUAUUAUGUCUUGUCAACGUCAAUAUCAUUAAUAACUGAUACAGAUUUGAAACAGCAGUUAGAAAAGAAUUUGGUAGAAUUGACUUCUGAGUAUUAUGCCACUUAUGUAAAUGCAUUGAAUUUUUGGAAUAUUGAUAAAACAUUAUUCUGGAAAAUUUCACUUUUAAUUUCUUACGACGAAAAUAGGUUUAUUGAUGAUAUUUAUAAAGCCAAAAAAGAACUGUUAGAAAUCAUAGAUAGAGGCUAUAUUAAUGUGGGUCAUCAAAAUGUGUUACAGAAUUUGAAAAAUGCUUUUAAUUAUAAACACAAAGAAUACAAUAAAAUUGUGUCUUUAUUAAAAAGUAAUAUAGACGCUCUCAAAAAUGAAAUUAGUGAAAUGCGACAGAAGUUCAAUCAUGCUGAUAUUUAUUUAUUGAAUUUUUUUUCUAAAGGUGACAACGAGUCAACAUUUUAUACAAAUCCAUCUAUCAACUAAAUAUGUAUAUUUUUUAAUAUCCUUAAAAAUGUUUAUAAAUUUAUAUAAAAUUAUAUGUUUAAUUCAUUAUACCAUAUUUAAUGUAAAAUGAAAUCAAGAAAUAGUGUAUAAAGCGAGUAAAAAAUAUGUUUUUGUUCCAAUUCUUUAAAUUAUAGUUAUUUACAUAAAAAUAAUAUGUGUAAAUUUAUAAAUGUGUGUAACAGAAUUUUCUAUUGUGUUUUAACUCUGAACAAUUACUUUUGAAAUUAA